AUGGAUCGAAAUACUUCACUAGCUGAUCAGAUAAAGGCAGCCCAAUACCAAGCACGAACACUCUACAAUGAUAUCCUCAGACUUAAAACUCAUACUCAAAAUAUUACCAUGCAAUCUGCAGCCAGAGUAAUUGCCCCCAUCCCGAGAAACUCAUGCACUCUCAAACUUUACAAUACUCUCAAGGGACACCAGAACAAAGUUGCCAAGUUAGUAUGGAGUGCAGAUAGUUCCAAGAUAUUGUCAGCUUCACAAGAUGGAUACAUGUUUAUCUGGGACCCAAUUACCGGAUUUAAAAAGCAUGUAAUUCAACUUGAAAAUACCUGGGUAUUAACUUGUAGCUAUUCUGCCGAUGAGAAAUUGGCAGCACUGGGUGGGUUGGAUAAUGUAUGUACUAUAUACAAGAUCAAACCCGAUACCAUAACCAAUCCGAUAUCCUAUAGAGGUGGCAAUCAACCAAAUCAGGGAAUUUAUCAAAAAGUUGAGUCUGUUUUUAAAGGUCAUACAGCUUACAUUUCUGAAUGUGAGUUUAUUGAUAAUAGUUCUAUUGUUACAGCCAGCGGAGAUAUGACAUGUAUAUUGUGGGAUGUCACCAAAGGAAGAAAAGUACGCGAUUUCAUUGAUCAUGUAAGCGAUAUAUUGUCGUUAGCAAUAUUCCCUCAGAGUAUUUUCAAUGCUAAUGUGUUCAUCUCAGGUUCUGCUGAUGGAUAUGCUAAAAUUUGGGAUUUAAGAUCACCAACACCUAGUCAAAACUUCUUUAUUUCAAAUAGUGAUGUUAAUUCUGUCAAGGCGUUCCCAGGUGGUGGUGCAUUUAUCACAGGAUCAGAUGAUGGAUUGGUUAGAUUAUUCGAUAUGAGAUCAGAUUGUGAACUAUCGACAUAUAAUUUAUUAGCUCAGUUACAAACACCAGGUGGAAAGAUAAGCCAAACAUUUCUCACUAGACUUGAUGAUUCAGAAUGGAUGAACUCCAAUACUAGUAUUAAUUCUGCAAUUGAAAACCAAGGUAUUUAUUCCCUCGAUUUCGGGAAAAGUGGAAGAUUUAUAUAUGCUUGCUACCUGGAGCAAGGCUGUAUCGUGUGGGAUACAUUAAAGAAUGAAAUCGUAGAUUCAGUCGGUAAUGAUCACAAUAAUAAGAUUAACCAAGUCAGUGUAAGUCCAGAUGGCGUCGCUCUAGCUACCGGAUCUUGGGACACAACCAUUAAGGUUUGGUCCGUGUAA